GGCUGUUGCAGUCGCCCGCCCCUUCCGGCUCCGCCCCGUAGUGUGCUGGGAGAGCGAGCUGUCCUUCCCGGGGCGCGGCCUGGGCGACUAUGGUGCUCCCGAACAUCCUGAUUACCGGUACACCAGGAGUUGGAAAAACCACACUAGGCAAAGAGCUUGCAUGCAGAUCAGGACUGAAGUACAUUAAUGUGGGUGAUGUAGCUCGAGAAGGGGCAUUAUAUAAUGGCUAUGAUGACGAAUAUGAGUGUCCCAUUUUAGAUGAAGAAAAAGUGGUUGAUGAGUUAGAGAACCAGAUGGCGGAAGGUGGAGUUAUUGUUGACUACCAUGGUUGUGAUUUCUUUCCUGAACGGUGGUUUCAUGUAGUUUUUGUGUUGAGAACAGAUAACAGUAUAUUGUACAAAAGACUUGAAACAAGGGGUUACAAUGAAAAGAAACUAGGAGAAAAUAUCGAGUGUGAGAUUUUUCAAGUUCUUUAUGAAGAGGCCAUGCUAUCAUACAAGGAAGAUAUUGUGCACCAGCUGCCCAGCAAUACACCUGAAGAGCUAGAGGACAACAUAAACCAGAUCUUGAGAUGGAUCGAGCAGUGGGUCAAAAGUCAUAGCCCGUGACUGGUCACUUGGUGUUGCCUCUCUGCCUACCUUGUAGACACUACCCCCAAGUAUCUGUAUAAACCCAAACUAUGUGGAAGGCCCGGCAGGUAUUUUUAUGCCUGGGUUUCUUUUUCUCCUUGAGAAAGUUAAACAAUCACAGAUAUAAUGAAUACAAUAAUUAUUAAGCAUUUGAAAUACUCAGUUGCUAAACAAUAAAUCUGAU